AUGGCUGCCGUACCUUGCUGUCUCCUCGCUCCUUGCAUAGGUGAGCUGUUAUCUGGAGCGGACAGAACGGCUGUUAUCUGUAGGGAAAACUUGGAGAAAAAAACUUUAUUGCCAAAGCAAGGUUGCGCAAUGCUCCGCCGCAGCCCACUCCCUUCCCCACCACCCGUCCAGUCGCCCAGCAGGCCGCUGAUCCCAAAGCCUCCUCUGCCCCAACAGCAACCCCCGCCUUCGUUACCUUCCUCACCACCUCCUGUUACCAACAUUUACGUGUUCAUGAGAUUGAAGCCAGCCGCACCCGAAAUCCCAAAACCUGACCGUCAGUUUGGCCGUGAUAUCAACUGCAGCAAUCUUGCGGACAUCAUUUCUGCUAACCUAAUGAAGGUGGCGGCGCAAGCCCAGCUCAUCUUUUCGUCACCCCUUCAGGUCACCGCUUGCAAUGACACCACUUUCCGUAUGACCGGUGCAGUGGUGUACGACCCAGCUGCAUGUGUGGCGACGGAAAGCCUACUUGAAGCAUCGUGGACGCUGAGCGACUGGUUGAAGCUUGCGAUGACGGAGAAUCGGAAUUGCACAGCUUCUCCAGACAUCCGCGCAGCAGUGUCACUUCAUUCGUACGGCCCUAUGGGAGAAUCGCAAUGCAUCGACCUGUGCCGUUCACGCAUCUUUUGUGCUGAUGCUUCAAUGCGAAUAAGGAUAUCUGAGUACUGA